CAACGAUCAAUCAGAAAGGGUAUAUAAGUGUCGGCACUCUAUUGGUCCACUUGGUAUUGUAUGGGCAUCCGUCGCUUUACAACACUAACCACACGAAUGUCAAAACUAAAACAGCUGUUGAACGGAAUUUUUUGCAUUAAUUUUAAUAAACAAAACAAAUUGUUAAACUAUUGCGAAUUGGAGCUUAUAGUCUGCUAGUGGCCUUACCGAGACAUGCCCGCCUAUUGCGCGGUGGUCAAUUGCAACGAUAAAUAUGCGCACGCCAGCAGUAUUUCAUUCCACAAAUUCCCCUUCAAGCGAAAGGAUUUGUUCCAAAAGUGGAAGGAAUUUACGCAACGUAGUGCCCAAUGGAUGCCAUCCAGGUGGAGUGCUGUGUGCAGUCGCCAUUUCGUGGAUACGGAUUUCAGUUGCAGCCAUAACCGGAAAACACUUAAAAAGAAUGCAGUGCCUUCAGUGCGUUUGCCGGACUCGGGAUCAUUGAAUGUGGUUGUGGAGCAGGUGACCAACAGUCGAUGGCAGGAGUCUGCCUGCAAGCAGACGCUGUCCAGCGCGGCCGAGGCUCCAGCCAGUGGAACAAAGGGCACCUGUCGCUUCUGCGGUUCGUCUGCCAUGGAUUGUAUCUCGUUUGACAACAGUUUCGAGCUCUUUGGCAUGAUUCAGAAGUGCUUUCCCACACUCCAAAUCCUGCAGGAUGAUACCCUGCCCAAGGAUAUUUGCUCGGAGUGCUACAAGCAGCUGGAGCGCUUCUCCCAAUUCAUCGAUGUGGUGUUGCAGACACAAAGCGAACUGCAGCGGAAAUACCGCCGUCAGCUGAAGAUUAAGCAGGAGCCACUGGUGCGUGUGAAGCAGGAGGCCUGCGAGAGCCUGGACAAUCUCUUUCCCGAUGAACUGGACAUGGCCUUGGACGAUGGAUGCGACCAUGAGCCCGGCACCAACGAUGAGACGGAACAGAAGUUCCAAUUCUGCGAUUUUCCCAUGCUGAAUGCCCAGGACAUAAUAAACAACUGUGAUAUCAUGGAGAUAAUUAAUCUAGAUGAUCCGUUUAUCAACAUACCAGACGAUGCGGAUGUGGGCCAGUCCCAGGCGAAGCAGUCGCGCACCUCCGGGGAUCUGCCGUCGGCCAAUGAGAUGCUCCAAUCGGAGCUGCUCAACGAAGAGCACAAUUAUGCCAAGGAGGACUGGGUGCUGCCGCCGCAUCAGUACAAAACGGAGAAGGUGGAAGGUGUCGAGGCGGCUGAACAGCCUCCACCGCUGUUGCUGCCACCGCCGCCGCCGCCCGCGCCCACAUCUGCUCCAGAGCCUCGUUCCUGCAAGCCCAUUGUGACGAAUGUCAGUCAGAUACCCAACCAAAUGCUGUGCGAACUGCUGCCGCCGCCACCGGCUGCACCGCCCAAGCCCAACAUUGUGGUGCUCAACGACAGCGUGGUGCAGUCCUCGGCCGCCUUUCGGCUGCACAACUGCAGCCUCUGCACGGCCAAGUUCAUUACGGUGGAUGGUCUAAGUCAGCAUUACACGCACGCCCACAGCACACCCACACCGAUGGUGAGUGUGCCACCCUUGAACAUCAGCCUGCCCAGCAUGCCAACGAAUCAGCUCAAACUGGAGGCCAGCGGCUGCUCUGUGGGCCUGACGGCCACACCACAGAAUGAGUACUGGCAACCAGACUGGCAGAACACCGCCGCGGCAGCCAGUCCGCUGCCCACUCAGCUGCCGGCCAAGAAAAAGAUCGACAUACUGGACAUGCAGCGCAGUUUUCUGCAUCACAACGAUCUCAUACCGACAGCAGCACAGCUGACAACGGCGGCGCCAGUGGCGGUGCAUCUUGCCACAGACCCUCAACUGGCGGUGGUCACGGCCAAUCUGGCCAAGUUGGCCUUCCAGUAUCGUCGUCUGCAGCGAAAGUGCAGGAUACUGAAGCAUACGACGCAACGCAACCCGAACCGACAUCGCUGUGGCCAGUGCGGAAGAGGAUUUGGCAGCCUGCAGCGACUGCUACUGCAUCGGCAACUGAAGCGUCACUUUCCCAAGCUGAAUCGUCCCUUUGCCGCCAGAUGCUGCGGCUGUCUGAAGCUGUUCAACUCGCGUCUGGGUCUGCACCAGCAUAUGCGCUACAUUUGUCAGUCCCUGUCGCUGCGAAGCACGCGGCGUCUGCAGAGUUUCAAGUGCCGUCACUGCCAGGCCAUUACCUUCACUCAUUGGCGACUCUAUCGUCGGCACGAGCUCAAGUGCCGACCACGCCAGUCCCCGUCCAAGGCAAAGGUUCAGACAAAGUCGCGGCGAGCCGUUGUCGCCCAAUCGCAAAUGCAAACGGCAACUGUGACCACCACCUACGCCUGCAGCGUGUGCAAGAAGUCAUUCGGAUCGCUCAGUGGCCUGAGACAGCAUGACAUCACCCACACGACGGAGCGACAGCACAAGUGUGGCAUCUGUGAGCGUGUCUUUAAGCGACGCAACGGCCUUUCGCAGCACAUCAAGGGCUACCACCUACAGCUCAAGCCACACGAGUGUCCAGUGUGUAGGCACUGCUAUGCCCUCAAGUGCGAUAUGCUGAGAUGCAGACACUCCCAGCAUCGCGGUGGGGCAGGAGAGUGAGCCAGAAACGAGAAGGAAAAUUUGCUUCAGUUUGCUGUUGAAAGGUAGUGCGCUGUAAUGGUUCUAUAUGUCAGCGCUGUGAGCUCCAUGGAGCUCCAAGGGGUGCCUGCGCUUAGUGGCCUCAACCUCGAAGGCGAUGAAGAGUUCUCAUUGGCAUGGAGCUCUUUGCCUUACGGGGGGGCACUUAGGUUAAAAAGAUUUACGAUAUUGAAAUCCCUUAAAAAACGACUAGUAUUAAUAGAAAAUAAAUAAUAAUAAGAGAAUUAAAUAGUUAAAUCAUAUUAUUUGUAUUAUAUACAUUUAUUUAUCAAUUUAUUCAGUUUGCGUUAUAAGUUGUUGCGCUCACUAAAAGUAUAUUUUGUAUUUUGUAUUCAUAUUCAUGUUUAAUGCAUUAGUAUUGCUUUUAAUUGCUUAAUUUAAAAUAUGAAAAUACUGAAAUUUGAAACUUAAAUUGCAUAAAUUCCGAUUUGUAAACAAAAAAAUUGAAUAUCCAACAAAGGGUUAUUUUCAUAUAUACAAAGAAGGUUGGAGAAAAGUUUGUUUAUGGUUUGCUUAACAACAUUAAAUCUAUUAGAAUUCACAUAUUUUAUUUAAACACAAAGAAAUAAAAAAAUGGCACUACA